AUGGCAAGCAUGGCUGUUCAGUUACUGGGCUUCUUACUAAGUCUCUUUGGUCUAAUUGGAACCUUAAUUGCUACUAUUCUGCCUCACUGGUGGAGGACGGCACACGUAGGCACCAAUAUUAUAACAGCUGUGGCAUACAUGAAAGGGCUCUGGAUGGAGUGUGUCUGGCAUAGCACUGGCAUCUACCAGUGCCAGGUCCAUCGGUCUCAGCUUGCACUGCCUCGGGACCUUCAAGCAGCUCGUGCCAUGAUGGUGAUUUCCUGUGUUAUUUCCACACUGGCAUGUGUGGUAUCUGUUAUUGGCAUGCAUUGCACUCGAUGUGUCAAAGGGGCCACUGCCAAAAAUUCUCUCGCUGUCUCUGGUGGAAUCUUUUUCAUCCUGGCUGGUCUCAUAUGCCUGGUUCCUGUUUCUUGGACUACUAAUGAUGUGGUUACAGAUUUUUACAACCCCGUGCUUCCCAACGGGAUGAAGUAUGAGAUAGGGCAAGCUCUUUACCUCGGUUUUUUCUCUGCAUCUUUGACUAUACUUGGCGGAGCUCUACUGUGUACAUCAUGCCAGAGUACUGGGAACAACCUACCUUACCAGCCACAACCAAGGAGCACAACAAGGGCUGCUCCCUCAUAUAGACCACCAACUGCCUACAAGGGAAACCAUGCGCCUUCUCUGACCUCUGUUUCACAGAGUGGCUACAGAUUAAAUGACUAUGUGUGA